AUGAAAUUGAUGUCGUCGUUGAUGAAAAUAAGUUUGAAACUGUUAUAAAGUGCAUUAAAAACGGGACAUAACGCUCGUUAAUGGCAGUUGCAUGCAUUGCAUGGGUGUAAACGGACGGGCGUACAGUCGAACGGACAGCUGCGGUGUCAUCAUCUUGCUGUGCGUCGUAUUGUACGGAACGAGCUGCAAGUGUCGGAAGUUCGAAAAGGAGCAAAUUGCUACUAUGUCUCAGCGAAAACUAUCAAAAGCCACGUUACAAUUAAUGUUGCCUCUUUGGCCAAGAGAAUUCGCGAUGUAGCCUCUCCCACAGUCGAUUUCAUCGCGUUCGCGUUUAUUCCUCAUCGAUGUACCGAGAAUUAUCGGGAGCAUUUCGUGCAACAUUUUCGAAGCCAAGUCGCAUGAAAUCUCCUGUUGUUGCCGUUUUCGUAACAACAUUUGUCUAUUGUCGUAUCGUCUUCUGUCGUUAUUCUCGACGUUUUCAUUCUCGUUUAUAUCUCUGUUGUCACCGUUCUCAAGUGCCUUCUCUCUCUCUCCCUCUCUUAUACUUUUCACUAUUUCCCGAUCUGAAUCGCGCGAAAACUAUUGUAUGCAUCGAGUGACGUACUAAUGUUUUUGUCAAUCCAGAUUCCGAUAUGAGGUGGAUGAUUCAUUCCAAAAUGCAUCGCAUUUAUUAGACAUCUUCAAAUUAAACAGAUUUCCUUGUCAUCAAAACAGCAAAGUGUUCUUGUUCGAUACACAGAACAAAAAGAAAAGAUGUCCCAAUUAAGUAUUAGUACGGGAAAGAGAGGGAGGAGUGUUGCAAGCUCCUCUGCAUCUACUGUAUCAUCUUUGAGCAGCUCAACUGACCUGGCAAGCCUAUUUGAAUGUCCGGUUUGCUUUGAUUAUGUUCUACCACCAAUUUUACAAUGUCAGAGUGGACACCUUGUUUGUAGCAAUUGCCGACCAAAGCUUAACUGCUGUCCUACCUGUAGAGGUCCAUUAGGUAAUAUUCGCAAUUUGGCUAUGGAAAAAGUAGCAGGUAAUGUAAUGUUUCCUUGCAAAUAUUCAACAAGUGGGUGCACUGUUUCUUUGGUGCAUACCGAAAAGGCAGAUCAUGAAGAUGCAUGUGAAUUCCGUCCAUACAGUUGUCCUUGCCCAGGUGCUUCUUGUAAAUGGCAAGGAUCUCUUGAGCAAGUAAUGCCGCAUCUAGUUAUGAGUCACAAAAGUAUUACAACACUUCAAGCAACUGAUAUUAAUCUUCCUGGUGCAGUGGACUGGGUAAUGAUGCAGUCUUGUUUUGGUCAUCACUUUAUGCUAGUACUAGAAAAACAAGAAAAAUAUGAUGGACAUCAACAAUUUUUCGCAAUUGUUCAAUUGAUUGGUUCAAGGAAACAGGCAGAAAAUUUUGCUUAUAGACUAGAAUUGAAUGGGCAUAAAAGACGCUUAACAUGGGAAGCUAUGCCGCGUUCUAUUCACGAAGGCGUUUCAUCUGCAAUUUUAAAUUCAGACUGCCUUGUAUUUGAUACUUCUAUCGCGCAAUUAUUUGCCGAUAAUGGAAAUCUAGGAAUUAAUGUUACAAUUUCUAUGGCAUGAGGAAAACUGGAAAAAGCAGUGUGAAAUCAUUUAAGCGUAUCGAGCUGUCUUUAGAUCGAUAAUCCGGUCUUUGUACUGAGAAUCGCUCGUUAUGUAUAUAUAGCAUUUUUUUACGUUACCACUGAUAAAUAUUAGCAAUAUGGAUGUUAGGAAAUGUUUGGAAUGUGGUGAUGAAGCAUAGUAAUCAAACGCUCAGUUACAGGACCUCCCUUUAGAAGCUUUAAAGUGUACUUGUAUGUGAUAUUAACACUACAAUGUGAAAAUAAUAAAAACCUUUCAUUAUACUUACGAUGACUUUAAAGCUUUGGCACUGAGUAAAACAUCGAUUCCAAAAAGUACCUGACACCUAUUGCGCACUGCUGUUACGAUCUUUUAGUCAUUUCUUAUCGAAUUCACGUUUUUUUCCUACAUUUUUUUUUUAUUCUAACUUGAAUGCUUUCUAAUAUAUGUAAGAUAUAUUUUUUAGGAAAAUACCAUUACAUUUUAUAAAAAGAAGUACAAUUUUUGUCAAAACAUUAAGUACCAUUUGUUUAUAGUACAGUCAUGGUAUUACAAACAAAAAUUCGAAGCACAUAAUGAAAUUCCUUGAUACAUAAUUGUUUACUGUAUUAUAAUUGAACUGAUUGUAGUAAGCAUACAUUUGUCAUUAUUUAUUCUCAUUUGGAACGUCAUAUGUUCGCAUAUUUAUUAUCACCUCGUAAUUUGUUUAUAACUUUAGCUUUUAAAUAAGUUUGUUUUGUAAUAAAUUUGCUUUUUUUUAACUAUUUAGAGACAUGGUAGACUUACUUUGUAUUAGAUUACUUUGUAAUUGAGUUCUUUAUAGGUUGUGCUUUCCGUGUUGUUCGGAAUCUCAAAACAAGAAAAAAAAAAAAUCAGUGGAAAUUUACAAUCAUUAUUACAAAAAUUGUGAUUAUUUUGCUGUGAAACGUUUUGCCUUAUACAUAAUGAUUACUCGUUACAAGCAUUAACAGUGAUUGGUAGUAUGGAAUCAGUGGUCAAUAUAUUUUUCGUUUUACAGAGACAAAGUAUUAAAGCACUUAUAUCAGCAGUACACACGGGAACACGAAAGUAGUUGAUAUACGAUAAGCAGGUGCAAAAUAAUAGAAUAAAGUUGCGAAUCUCAUUCUUUUUUACUGAUGCCGAAAUAGACGAAUUUAUUCAAGAAAAAGAGUUACAGUUUCAGGAAUAUAUAGAUCCAUUACAUUGUUGCAUAGUAGGUUUAUAAAUAACAUGCCAAGUUGUAAAUACUUUCUAUACUAUUCUUUUAAAAAAGAAAAAAAA